CUUCUGGUAUUUACCCCCAAACUAAAACUUUUAUUAAGCUAUGAAUGAUGUUGUACAGGCGAACAAGAAACACAGAGCUCGAACCUGAAGUGAAACAGAGCACCAGUGGGACAGUGAGUGCCGGAAGUACACUGCUCCUGUCCAAAUGUCACAUCUCUCACAAUAGACUAAUGUUAGCUAGCCUUGUGUUUAACCUACAUCACGUGGGGCCGAGCCUAAAAAGAAUAAGCAAAAAAAAGACACUAAACAUCGUAGAGGGUUAACGUCUAUCGUGUGGAUCCGAAUGUUAAAACCACGACGGUUGGUACAAACUAAACACCAGCCAAAAGUAAUUAAAGUGAGCAAUUUGUCAUUUAAUUUUGAAGGCGCAACACAUUGACUUCCGGUCUAAGCGUAGCGGAUUUUUCAACGUCACACGCUGUCGACACCGGGGAGCAGGAACACAACUGUUUGUGUUAAACACAUUUAAUUGAGUUUAAUAUAAAGUUCGCUAGGCUGCAUUAACAUGGUCGGAAAGAUAAAACAUGUCCGACAGAAGAUUCACCAGGAGGCGGUGAAGCUCGAGAGGCCGAGCAGCCUCACACAGCCCCGCGACUCUGCGUUCUCUCGGAGUUUAGAGCAGCCUCCUCCACUGGGACUACACACAAUAAGUCCUCCACUGCUGGGAAACAACAAGACUGACGCCUCGAAAAAUGUCAAACAGGCUCUGGCAGGGAGCUCCUUCCCCUCUGGGAUCUUUGCUGGCACUAAAAUAACUCCAGAGGCUCUGGUACAAACACUGAAGUUUGAAGAACCUCCAGAUGUUCCCACACCUGCUCAGAAAGGCCCAGAAGAGAAGAAAGUCAAGCCAAAGAAAGAGAAGAUGAAGGAGAGGCGGGAGAGAUGGCUCAACAAGAUCAGCUCCAUCAAACAGGCCAAGGAGCAGCAGGCGGCUGAGGCCCGGAGGCAAGCCACGCCCGUGGUGGGGGACAUGAGGCCGCUGGCCGACGCCCUGCCAGAGCUCUCCCAGCUCGUCGCCCCCGCCGCAACGGGCCUCACCACUCGCCGCAAGAGCAGGAAAAACAAAGUGCCGGUGAAGAGACCUGAGCCAACAGAUUUCAGUCAGAUGAAACAGUCACAGAAACGCAAACUCCUGGAGACGGAGACCAGCCGGUUUAGUGACGCAGUGAAGACCCUCUCGGCCAAAAUGAAUCCUUUAGCCGACAUCGGCGAGCAGCUGAGGAAGAGGAUGAGGCAGGAAGAAGAGCAAGGUCCCAGCUAACAGCAGCAGCAACUUCCACAGACUUGAUUUUGUCAGGGAGACCCAACACUGGUGCAUCCUUGGCUUUAAAAGGAGGAAGAACCUGACUCGCUCUCGCAUAUGUCAACCCCUGACUAAAGGAGUCCCAGACACAGUUGAGUGGCGUAAAGUGUAGUGUUUGUUAAUGUUGACUGUAACGGAUAUCCUUUUAGUUUUAUUAUCCACGCUCUCUCUUCAGUAAUAAAUCCCAGUACCUUUAACAAUCAA